AAGGAAGUAGAAAAAGAACACUAAAGAUCAAUAAACAGGUAUAUAGGCACAUGCUUAUAUACGAUUGAAUGACGUAAUCGAAUAUAAUCAAUCGCCACUAGAAGUGUAUAUAUGAGUGUGAGUGCGUAUUUACGACUCAAAUUACAUCUGAAAAAUAUGAGAUAUUUUCUGCUUUUAAUCAGUUUUUGUAUAACGUACAAACAAGCAACUUCGCAAGGGAUAACAAAACCGUGUCAGCAGAAAAUACCUCUUGGAUCGAAAUAUUAUAUCUUAGAGGAAGGUUGCUUGAUACGUGGCGUUUGUGUGAAAUAUGGAAGAAAAGUAGAAGCAACUCCAUUCUGUAUGACUUAUAUUUCUGAAAGAAGAGGACAUGGAUGUUACGUGCGACAUAAAGUAACCGGAUGUUACCGGGAUGGUGUUUGUUAUAAAGAAGGACAGAGAAUUACAGAAAGAGGCAGAUGUAUGUACCAUACCUGCAUGCGUACCCCAUACGGAAGAUAUGUGUGGAGAGCGACAUAUACUGGUUGUUUACUAAAUCGUAUAUGUCACAGUGUUGGCACGAAAAUACAAACAAGGGACCCUUGUUAUUCUAUACUUUGCACACAUAUGUAUCCAUCGUAUAUUGGAUGGCGAGGAAAACUUGACGGUUGUUUAAUAGACGGUGCUUGUCGGAAGGUUGGAGAGAAAGUAUAUUCAGAAAAUCUUUGUGCUGUAAGAAUUUGUAAAAUGGACCACAAUGGAUAUCAAGUUUACACUAACCGCACUGGUUGCAGAAUAAACGGUAGUUGUCAGGAAGCUGGAACGAGAAUAAAGUCUGAAGAUGGAUGUAUUGUGAGUGUUUGUGACAGAAUGGGGAAAGGAUUUGGACAUUACACUGAAGCAGCCGGUUGCUAA